AUGCCAGAUGAUCCAAUAGAAAUCGAUCAUUCGGAAUUCGUCGGCACUAAAACGGGAUGCAGUCAAAGGGAAAUAUUUAUUGUAGUUUUUAUUGGAUAUCUAGGAAUAUUGAUCAGAAAUUCGAUUUUGCCGUGGAUUUUUCUGGGAAGAACUUAUAACACUAGUUGGAUUGCGUAUUGGUGGGUUUUUUACAAGGGAGGGGGUAAUAAAGGCUUCUACAAAGAAAAUGAGCAGCCGAAAUUGGCUUCUCAAGUUUUUCAAAUUUAAAAAUUUUGCAGGUCAAAAUUCCUAGUCGAUGCCUCAUUCUUGGUGAUUCCAUCAUUUCUAGCAGUCACAAUAUUUUCGAAUCAUUUAGCCGUCUAUCUUUUAGUUCUAAUAAUCAUUUAUGGAUUGCUACUUGGUCUGGUAUUCUUCGAAGCAUCUCAUCAUUCUUUUGGUCCACCAAUCAAACAAACUUGGAAUUCGAUUGUCGACGAACAACAUAAAACAACAAUGUUUGUGACGUAUUUGAGGAGUGGAGUUAUGGUUUUGGUGGCUAUUUCGAUUUUAGCCGUUGAUUUUCCGGUUUUUCCGAGGAAAUAUGCAAAGACUGGUGAGUUUUUGAAACAAAAACAUCUGCAUUAUAAUUUAAUAAUUAAUUCAAUUUUUUCCCAGAAUAUUUUGGUCAUUCUGUUAUGGAUCUUGGUGUUUCGGUGUUCAUUUGUAUGUCAGGCCUUAGUUCGAAAAUGUCUCAAUCACGAAACAAUGAAAAUAUUGGAUCAGAUCAGAGGAAAUGGUAUUUAUCAUCAACUCUAUUUCUUUUCAUAAUUGGAAUGGCUCGAACAAUAUUCCUCGAAAUUCUCGAUUAUCCCAAACAUGUUUCGGAAUACGGUGUUCAUUGGAAUUUCUUCUUUACCCUUGCGAGUGUUCGAAUUGUUUAUCGAAUUCUUCCCAAACAUUUUCCAUAUUUGACGGCAAUUCUUUUGGGAUUAUUUCAUCAAACAAUUCUGAAAUCUGGAUAUCAAGAUUGGAUUUUGGUUGAAGGACAGAAUAAUCGAGAUAAUUUAUUAUCUGCAAAUGCUGAAGGAAUUGUUAGUUUAUUGGGAUAUUUGACACUAUUCUAUGGGAGUUUGGCAAUUGGAGAAUUCCUAUCACAUACUGGAUUUCGAGUCAAAUCUUGGAUUCGAAGAUGUCUUCAACUCGUUUUCCUCGCCGCUAUUUUCUAUUUUCUCCAAGCGAUUUGUGAAUAUUUUAUUGAUCGACCAUCGAGAAGAGUUGUUAAUAUCACAUAUAUUUUUGCACAGGUAAGGGGAAAUUUUCGGUUUUUUUUUCAAAAAAAUUUAUUUAUUUUUCAGCUGAGCGUGUUCUGUUUCAUAACAAUGAUUUGUUUGGCUGCUCAAAUGUUCAAUAUUGUUCUAUGGACUGCUUCGAUUCCACAUUUUUCAAAUGGUUGGUGAUUUUUGAGGGUUUCACGGUCCUAAGGGAUUUUUUUAAAAAAGAAAAAUUGAAAUUUGAGAAUUUCACGGUACAAGAAAAACUGGAAAUUCGUCUAAUUUUGCAAAAAAAGUUUUUCUAGAAAUUUAAAAAUCGGUUUUUCUGAAAAAAAACCAUCACACAAAUUAAAAUUUCAAAAAAAAGGUUCCAGCUCAAAUUCAAGAAUUUUCUGGUACUAAACAAAGUUUGGUAGAAUAAUUUUCAAAUUUUUUUUCUGAAAAAAAUCCCAGCAAACUUAUUGUUCGAAUUUUAAAACUUUUUGACUGAAAUUUUUUCUGAUAAUUUUUUUUGCAGAAAAUAGACUUUUCAAGCAUUUUCUGUUCGGAAAAAAAUUCUAAAAGUUUUUUUUUCCAAAAAAAGGAAGAUCUUUAAGACAUUUCUUCUAUAUCAAAAUCCUUCUCCGGAUUUUCUAGAAAAUCGGAAAAACUUCCGGUUCAGGCCCGUUUCGAACCCCACCAAACGGCUUUUUUUUCCAGGCGACCAUCCAUUUUCUCCAAUUUCUCCCUGCCUAACCGAAUCAAUCAAUCGUCACUCGCUCCUCUUCUUCAUCUUGAGCAACAUUUUAACUGGUCUUGUCAAUAUGUCAAUUCCCGCACACAAAACUCCUGAUCAUUUGGCUAUUCCUAUAAUUCUUGCCUAUGUUUUCAUCGUUUCUUUCGUUGUUCAUUUCAUCGAAUUCCGAAAAACUGUAUUGAAAAUACAUUCUGAAUAG